AUGAGGCCGUUUACUCAAAACCAAUAUCAUCAUUUUUUGUCGGACGGUGCACAAAGCAGCGGUCAGCCGAGUUCGGAAACCUUCAUUCCGCAGACUCAGUCACAAUCGCACUCACAGCAAGGAUAUUUUCCGUUGUCACAAUAUCCACCACCGCAGCAACAGCAAGCUCCACCGCAGCAAGAGCAAGCUCCACCACAUCAACCUCGGCCUUAUGCACAUUUGACGGCUGAUCAAAUUCUUGCUCUUCCCGGUCGAGUUACACUUACGAAACUUCAUCCGCAAAAAGAAGAUGGAGCUUUGUGGUUUGGUGUUGAAUGCGCGGUUUCCCGAACUAUUAGCAGUGUAAUCAAAAACUACUUCAGUGAGCCGCAUGCGAAUUGGACUCAAACGACCGAAGAUAUCAGAGACACUUGGUGGAAAAUGUUUGCGCAACUAUACUAUUGGGAUAAUGCCCAUAAUGAGUUGGUCAAGUUCAAUUUUCAGAAGAAGGCUAAGUCGCGUUUAAUCAACACCGUGGCUGAUUGGAAGAAAAAGUGGAAGAGACUUGGCAAUGAUGCCAAACCGAUGUCCGUCGGACAAACAGUUUGGGAUGAUGGCAAACCUAUCUCCAUUCCUCACACAGCUGGCCAGACACCUUUCGCGGGAAGACGUUUAGAUAUGGCUGCAAAGAACGGAGGUGUGCUCCCUCCAUUGACGGCUCUUUUUCAGGACACCCAUACUAGGAAAGACGGGACCUUCGUAACCCCGAGAGCCGAGGAAAUCCACAACGACCUCACUGCUAGAGUUUUGGAGGAGCAAACACAACAAUCUCAACAGUUAUCCCCUGGCGGUACUCAACAUCCGGUGGAAUUGGGAACUCCCACGAUCGACCACAUCUAUGAGCACGUUGCCCCGAAGAACAAGGGGAAAGUGAUUGGGUUGGGUUCAAUCCGCCAAGUCCCGAUUGCUUCGUCAUUUGCUCCGCGGUAUCGAGGUCCCGAGGAUGAUCCGGUCCAACUGCGAGCCAAGAUCUCAAGACUUGAGGAGACUAUGGAAAUUGAGAACUCAGAGAAUGAUGUUAUUUUUAGCAUCAUUGCUACGCACCACCCCGACAUUGCAGCAGUCAUGUCAAACAAGAGACGACGUCGGGAAGCUGCUACAGCCGGAGUUACGAGUUCAGCAGCCGGAGCAGCAGAGGAAGAGGAGCUUACAGCAGAGCAACAACGAACGGCGGACAUUGCAGCUCAGGCAGCUCGUGAAGCAGGAGACCUCCCGCCUUUUGAAUAA